CACGCGGGGGCGCGCACCCAGCAGCAGCGUACUUGUGUAAGUGCACGCGGGGGAUCGAUGCUGUUUGUGAUCGAUCAGCGGCGCGUCUGAUCAGUCUGUGGCCGCACUCGGAGCGACGCAGUCCGGCGGAGGAGCAGCGGAGGUGUCCGGCGUUCGGAGCAGAAGGAAGAAGGAGGCGUCCGGGACGGAACCGCUCCGUCUUCUCCUGCUGGACCCACUGUAGCGGAAAGCAGCUCCCGGGUCGUCCUGCCGUCUCUCUCCGCUCCUGGCAGCGCUCGUCCCGGGGACUCCGGCGCUCUCUCCCCCCGGAGCGGUGGGCGCUCCGCCGGACGGUCGGAGAUGUCACGGUGGACCGCCUCUGCUCGCGGCUCCUCUGCUCAGUGAAAUGCAGUUCUGGACCGUGUUGGAUCUUUUUACUCCCCGUAAGAACCACCGGACCUCCGCUCUGCUGCUCUAACGGGACUUUUGCGGCGCCGACCGGAGAUGAGGUUGGAUUGUGGGCGAAAAGUUGUGCGCUCCCCGGCGGAGGGCCUCCACAGGUCCGGACAGUGACCCGGGGCGGGUCCGAAGUUCAGCUCUGCCCGGAAAUGUGAAGCGAAGCGGGCAGAAGGAGGGCUCCGAUUCCCCCUCACUUACUCUCACACACACUUUCUUUUUCUGUUCUUCACCAACACACACCAACACACACCAACACACAGGCUGGAGUUACAGUAACCCCCCCACCGCCACCACAAACCCUCCAGAUCUCAGCCUGCAGCGGACAGAUAUGUAUUCUCCGCUAUGUCUGACCCAGGAUGAAUUCCAUCCUUUCAUUGAAGCCCUGCUGCCCCACGUCCGGGCCUUCGCCUACACCUGGUUCAACCUGCAGGCCCGCAAGAGGAAGUUCUUCAAGAAGCACGAGAAGCGCAUGUCCAAGGAGGAGGAGCGCGCCGUGAAGGACGAGCUGCUCAGCGAGAAGCCGGAGGUCAAACAGAAGUGGGCUUCCCGCCUGCUGGCCAAACUGCGGAAGGACAUCCGCCCCGAGUUCAGGGAGGACUUUGUUCUGACCGUGACGGGGAAGAAGGCGCCGUGCUGUGUGCUGUCCAACCCCGACCAGAAGGGCAAGAUGAGGAGAAUCGACUGCCUGCGGCAGGCCGACAAGGUGUGGAGGCUGGACCUGGUCAUGGUGAUUUUAUUCAAAGGGAUUCCCCUGGAGAGCACGGACGGGGAGCGACUCGUCAAGUCGCCGCAGUGCUCCAACCCGAGUCUGUGCGUGCAGCCGCACCACAUCGGAGUGUCCGUCAAGGAGCUGGACCUCUACCUGGCCUACUUCGUGCACGCAGAAACCAGCCAAUCAGAAAGCCCCAACCAGGCCAGCGAAUCAGACAUCAAGGAGCAGCCAGAGAACGGUCACCUGGGAUUCCAGGACAGCUUCGUCACACCGGGAGUUUUCACCGUGGCCGAGCUGGUCCGAGUCUCUCAGACUCCCAUUGCAGCCGGAACUGGGCCCAACUUUUCCCUGGCUGACCUGGACAGCUCCUCCUACUACAGCAUGAGCCCAGGGGCUAUGAGGAGGCCGCUGCCCAGCACCUCCUCCUCCAGCUCUGCCAAAAGGAUCAAAUGCAUGGAAGAGGACGUGGACAGUCCGGGGGAGGAGUCCUACUAUCCGGGUCAGGGCCGGUCUCCGGGCAGCGGCAGCCAGGCCAGCAGCUGGCACGACGUGGAGCCAGCUGGAUAUAAGCUGCGCGGCUCUCUAGCUAGCUCGUUCAUCUCUCGACAAGCGAGCCCCCACGCUCCCCCCUCCAGCCUCCACUUCUCCUCCUCCCCCAUCCUGCAGCAGCCUGGAUCCUACUUCUCCCACCCGGCCAUCCGGUACCACCCGCAGGAGACGCUCAAAGAGUUUGUCCAGCUGGUGUGCCCUGACUCCGCCCAGCAGGCUGGACAGGUGGGCCUCCUCAACCCCAACGGCAGCUCCCAGGGGAAAGUCCACAACCCCUUCCUGCCGACGCCCAUGCUGCCUCCCCCGCCGCCUCCCCCGAUGGCCCGGCCUGUCCCGUUGCCCGUCGACGCCAAGCCGCCCUCCACGUCCUCCACAGAGGGGGGAGGCAACUCCCCCUCCUCCCCCACGUACUCCACCCCCACCACUUCUCCAGCCCAGCGGUUCGUCAGCGUCGGGCCCAGAGACCCCGGCUUCAACAUCCCUCAGCAACCACAGUGGUACCUUGGAUAGGGACUCCUGAGGCGCCGCCACCCUCCUCUAUAAUAAACCGCUGCAGUCUCUUCCUCCACCUUGGACACCAGCUGUGACAGGAAGCCCAUCUCACCUGUUCCUGGUCAACCCCAUUCCCGGUCCUGCAGCUCCUGGCUCCACCACCAAAUGACUCAGCAGCAUCAGCAUGGCUACAGCGGAUCCAACGUACCCACCCUGUGAAUUGUUUGUCCCAGAAUUCCUUGCACUCUAUUGGAUCGUGGAUCUGUAGUGCUGGAUCUGAGCCCUGAACCUUUUUUGUUUUUUUCCUCAAUCCCUGAUGGGAAUGGGAGGGAGGAUUGACCCGUUGGGUUCUGGGAAAAUCUUUAGACUCAAUCACAGAAAUUCCUCUUUGGAGGAACGAUCUGUCUGAUUAUUUUUGCAGUGUGAACUUGGUGGUUUGAAGCCCUCCAUGCUGCCAUACCCCCCCGCCCUCUCAGUGGAUCUCUGCAGCCUGGGGCUGGUGGGGCCGGUGUUGAUGGGGUGCUGAGGUGUUACCUGGCCCAGAGACACCAGCUGAAACCCAACUCCUGGGGUAGACUGUCUCUUUCCUAGCUCUCUCUGAGGACAUGGACCAUACCGUGAUGGGAGGAGCUAAGCUAGGAAGGAGUGCAGCAUAAACUAAGCCUGGGGGGCUCGAUUUGGGGGUGGGGGUCAGACUAAUGGUGGUCUGGAUCUGUUGGUAUGUUUCACCAAGCGCUUGUUUCUCUGGAGGCUUUGGCUUCGUGGCUCAUUGGUUUCUCUCUUUUCGCCAUCAUUUCCUCUUCCUCCUCUUCCAUCCAUCCACCUGUCUGCGUGAAGGUGCAGCGUACGCAGGGUGGGCUGAACCUCCGGGGGUCCGGAGCCAACCAGGCAGUCAGGAGAGAGCUCCGCCUCUCACACCUAACAGUGAAAUCAUGAGGAAAAGUGCAAUUUUGUUGACUAGCUGUUGGAUGACUAAAUAUCAUAUAUCUAAAUGUAUAUUUUUCUUCUAGUCCACUCAAACCUCUGGGACUCUAAAAUACUGGGGUAACAAAGCAAACCCACCCGCAGCUUCGGGCUAACCCAAACCCCGACCCAGUGAGACACAAGGGAGCCAUGUUCACUUUCAUCCUGUUUUCUUCUUCGUUCUUCUGGUAGUUUGAUAUAUUAAACCAUUACAGAGAUAUCAGCUUUUUAAGCAUCUCGUGCAGCUAAGGACUGAUUUUUAUUCUGUUUUUAAAAAAGCGCAAAGCGAUUAAUUUAUUUCACUGAGCACUUCAUUAAGCUUCAGGAAAGACAUACGAAAUGUCCACUGAGGCGAAAUCAGAAGAUUUUAGGCUUGAAACGAAUCAAACUGGUGAGAUAAUCUGCCUGGUAACAGCCUGCCAUUUGAUUGGCUGGGUCAUCUAGGAGCCCCGUCCAAUCACAAGCACUUCCUCCUGCAGCCUCCAAUAGGCUGUGAGUGUGUAAUCAGGGGGCGUGGUUUGUCAGUGAAAGAGCUUAACUCAGUUCUUCUUUGGUUUGGGUUUUCUUUCUUCUAUAAAUAUCUAUAAAUACACACAAACCCAGCGUUAGCGUGAAAAAGUCUUAAAAAGAACUAAAAAAAAUCUGCAUGUGUUGGUGUUAGUGACAGUUUUUUCCAUAGAUGAUGUAGUUAGUAAGAAAAAAAAGACGAUAUAUCGUAAAAACUUCCCAACGUCAGGCACUUCAAAGCAGCCGUCGGUUACUUCGGACCCAUCCAGGCCUUUUCCGUCGCCGUCUGUCUCUAGCUACCAGCUGUCUUCGCUUUCCAGAAUCCCUUGUUUUUUCAUUUCGACCCAGCGUUCAGAACGUUACUUCAUCCGUCCCACACUCGUUCCUCGUUGAUGUGCCUUGCGCCAAUGUUGAGUACUCAAGGACCUUGUGAGACCCAAUGUGGAAAGACAAAAUUUGGCUUUUUGUCUCCUUGUUUGAAUUUCCCUCUACAUCAGGGAUGUUGUGACUGACUAGAGCCCCAAUACCAGGGUUGAGUUGAUGGGGACCGUUGUGAAGAAGGUGUUUGAAUCAGGCUUAUGAUGGUCUAGAAGGCAACAUUCAUGCAGAUGAGCAUCAAAGGUAUUUAGGAUGUUUAGAUGCAUAAGGAGCUUCCUGUUGUAAAGCCAGGACCAAAUUAAAGUUUAAAUCGAAUGAUGUGGAAAUAAUUAGUGUUGACAUAAUAAGAAGGAAUUUAAGGGGACAUUUGAUCAAAAGAAGUACUUGUCUGAGGCUCGGAGAUGAACAUCUUUCUGCUCUGACUGGUUCUGUUACAUUUCCAGCUCAAAACCAGUCCCAACCAGUUCAGUGUAGUGAAGAAUCAGACUCUCCCAGUAAAUGUUGGACCCUCUCUCUGCUGGAUCUUGUCAUCUCACAGGGUCACGGCAAAAACGGCACCACCAGAUUUGAGAUGUUUACGGGAUGUAAACAUUGAGGAGAGGAAACACAGAGGAGGUCCAGUCUAUGAAUGACUGGUGUCAAAGUGAAGAACUUUCACCAUCAAACCAUCUUUAUUUCUCAUGGUGUUCCAGUUUUGGGUGCAGCUGUGAGAAAGAAGGUUUUCUGCUCGUUUGACAGAAUUUUGACCUUCCUUGUAGAUUAGAUUCUGUUCCUAACCCUUGUGAUGAGUUUAUCAUCUGUUGCUGUAGCAACAACUUUCAUCGUCUUCCCGUUUCUUUGUCCCUGAUUGCUCUGUGUUCCUAAUCUGAGUAACCAAGACGUGAAAUAUGCAAUAUCCUUUUGCACUCAUAGAUGUAUUUCAUCCUUCUUAUGGUCGGUUUUCUUUCCCUUCCUUCAAACCAAAGUCAGAACUUCUGUGGUGCUUCCCAGCUGAUACCCUUCAGGGUUCUGGUCUGAUAAACCAGCGCUUCCCCAUGCUUUCACUGGUUCUUUGGUCUAAAAUCAGCCCUAAUAAGUCCAACCUUCCCUGUUACAGUUAAGACCUUCCUUCCAUUUCAGUUCCAACACUGUGAUGGUAGUGUCGUUCCACUUGGGUCGGUUCCAUUCUCCUUUGUUCUUGCCUUCCCUUUAGCCAUGAGAUGGGCAUUAAUUAUCUGCACUAAAUAUGGAAUAAUGAGUAAAAUGAGUAAAAAAAAAAAAAAAAAAAGCCUCUGGAUCUUUAAACGAUCAAAGGGAAUAAAUUAAAGAAUUUGCACGGACAUUUAUUAAAGUGUCACAAAAAAAAAGUCAGCCGAUUAAUCCGAUUUUCGGGCUGAAUGUUCGAUAUCAACCAAAUUUGCACCGUUUUUAAGGAAACAAAAGUGAGUGUGAAAGCAAUAGUUUGGGCAGCGUGUUUCGUUCCUUUGUUUGUCUGUUAAAUUAGUUUGUUGUGCAGCAAAGAAGGAGUGAGCUCCUCCUACUGGCCGGAGGGCAGCGCCGCAGGGCCUGACCGAGAGACGUCGCUCUGUGUUGUAUAGUUUUAUUGAUUACACUGAUUUUAAAGCUGCCCUAUUUUCUAAUGCAGGACUUUUGUAACAAUGACUAAAUGAGGAAACUGUCGUGUUGUGAAUUUUUGACUGUUUGUACGGAGGCCACGUUAUUAGAACUGGUUUGGUUUUCUUCCUGGGAACUGGAUUUAAGUUGAAAACUUCCCUGUUUCCUUUUUUUUUUUUUUUUGCUUUUUUUUUAUGUAUUUAUAGACUUUUCUUUUGUUGAUAUAGCAUAUUCCUGCUCUUCUAAAGUCCAGGGCACCAUGGUGAUCCGACCAUUGUAAAUGGAUGUUACAGUAUGCUGUAUGUUCAGUGUUGAUGAAGCUAAAUUUAGUCAUUCUGAGGGGGGAAAAGAGUUUUUUUUAUGCAUUUGAAGGAAUUUAGAUUUUAGGCAGGAGACGAUGACAUAGCCAGCCAAACGAUGCCCCGACUAUAAAUGCAUCCAGGCAUCUUUUUUUGUGUUCACCAUUCCAUGCAGAAAAAUAAACAGCUUGAUUAUGCAACAUGA